ACAUCAAAGCUGCUGCCAUUGUUGCAGAUAUGACGUUUCGGAAUGUGACCGAGACGAUCAUCGCGGAGACCAUUGCGGUCCCUAGCUCGAAGUCAGUGGAAUGGUUUCCUCAGUUGCAGACCAUUGAGACCGUGAAGCUGACCAAUACGCAACUAUGGCUGUUGCGUAUGAUGCUGAGGAGGAGCAAGAACUCGAAACCCGUGGUGCGGGAGAAGAGCGGUGAAAAUGCUCCUGCAUGGAGGAUGUUUGCCCCGGAUUUCCUGGGUACGGUUGAGACCGUGGUUUGUGCGGAUGGUGAAGAGGAUCACAAUACUAUCAUCCGUAGUAACUUCCGGGUGCCUACUGAGGCUGCACUGGCAGUUGAGUUGCCGUCAGGCAAAGCCGCGGAGUCACGUUCUGGUGCUGCGAAGAAGCAUGCAAAAGAGGCGGCUGCGGGAGGGACAGCUGCGGGUCCCCCUGUGAUUGGUGAGAAGAGGAGGCCAGAGCAGAAAGCUGCUGGUGGUGUUGAAACCAAACGUCGGAGACUAGUAACCAAAAGGUCUGCUCCGACGCAGAAAAAACCUGCGGUUGUCGUUGAGCCUCAAGAUGAAGAUUUUUCUAUCUUCGAUGCUCCGGAGUCCCCCCCCCCCGCGUGCCACGAGUGCGGGUGCAACGGAGGUGCCGUCGACACCUCCCGUCAAGGUGGUACCUGA